ACAACAAUUAACACAAUCGCUUUUGAUUCAUUUAGUGAAGCAGUGGAAGUCUGCGGGAAAGUAAUGUCGUGGCCGAGGAAGCACAAUGUCCAAUGCUUACAACUUCGCUAAGUGGCCGCUGGUGCUUUUCGGUGCCCUUGUUUCAGUGAGAGCUACAGUACCUGAAGUUUUAGAGGCUGCGCUUGGAUCCUGCGGCAAAGUGCAUCUAACCGUGUCGCCGCUGCAAGACAACUAUCUGGAGCUCAACUGGAUUAACUGGAACUGCACCAGUUUCGCUCCCGAUUACAUAGUGCUUUCCACCAAAAACCUACGGGAAGAAGAUGAGGACACUUUGUCCUCAACGCUGACACAUAUCCGUACUGGCGAUCAUCCGAGCGGCUACUACAAGACCCAGGUGAAGUUCAGGGAACCGUGGCUGCCCGGCAACUGGGAGUUCGAUCAAGAGCGGCUGCGAGCGGACGAAGGCGAGCACUGUUUGCCCUUCUGGAUCGCGUCCAUCAAGCAAGACGUGAUUCUGGACUCGCGCUGUUUAGCUAUCCAGCCCACCUGGAUGUAUGAUAACAGGCAGCACUUGGGCAGGAAGAAAAUCGGCAACUUGUUGAUACCGGGCACGCACAAUUCUGGCUCUUUUACAGGGAUUAUCUCCUACUUUGAGGGUUACGUAUUGAAUCAGGACAGGAGCGUGUGGACCCAGCUGGUCUUUGGCAUCCGCUACCUGGACUUCCGGGUGGGAUUCGUCCCAGGUACAGGGUUCUACAUCUACCAUGACCAAGUUCGAGUAACGCGCAUAGAGCCAAUCCUGCGAGAAAUCCGCAAAUUUGUGCAGCUGGCUCCCCAAGAGGUGCUCUUUGUGGACUUCCACCGGUUCCCGUUUCCGCGCAACUUUUCGCAGGAUUUGCACCGCCAGUUCACCGAGCUGGUGUAUCAGCACCUGGGCGAGCAUGUGGUAAACCCAGCAGGCCUGCAGGCCGGCAGUGGGCCCACUUUGAACGAGAUUUGGUCGCAGAACAGAAGCGUCGUCGUGUCUUACGCGGACAGAGCUACUGUCAACCAAACCCCCUGGCUCUGGCACCCGAUCAAGCAGUUUUGGGGCGACACCAACAAACUAGGCACGCUGAAACAGUAUCUGUAUGGUGCGAUUUAUCAGCACAAGAGCAGCACGAACCCCAUGUGGGCUCUGAUGAUGGAGCUCACCCCGCAGCCCUGGGACGUGGUGCUGCGCAAAAACAGUCUGCGGAAUCUGGCGCAGGGCGUUAACCGCCAGGUAACCCGCUGGGUUCGGGAUGAGUGGUUCAGCGACGUCAAUAUAGUAGCCACUGACUACUUUUUGGGCAACGACCUGGUGCGCGUGGCUAUUGAAGGCAACAAAGCCAACCCCAAUUGACCCGGAGUUUGUCGAUUAUUAGAUAGAUUACCUCUG